AUGGGUGUUUUUACUUGGAUGGUUGUGCCUCUGGUCUUUUAUGCUAUUUUUAUGGAUGAUUAUGUAAUUGCUGAUAUUCUUAAUGUUGAUGAAAAUGAACAUAAUUUACUUCAGCAUCUGGAUUUGUCCAAAGAAAUGGCAGAAAAUAAAAGAAAUAGGAGGUCUUUAACACUUUUACCUCUACUUGGUUUAGGUGCCGUUGGUGCAGCUGGUGCUGCUGUUACUGGUGUUGCUGCUUUAAAAGGUGCUUCUGCUUUAAAAAGAGCCAUACACGAACAUCGUGUAGCAAGAGGUGGUGGUAAAGGUGUUGGAGUUGGAGGUAAUAUUGGAGGACAAGGAGGGUUUGGUGGAAAAGGUGGUGGAAGUGGCAGCGGUAAUAUUGCUGGUGGUAAAAGUGUUGGAUUUGGAGGUAAUAUAGGAGGACAAGGAGGAUUUGGUCAAAAAGGUGAAGCAAGUAGUAGCGGUAAUAUUGCUGGUGGUAAAAGUGUUGGAUUUGGAGGUAACAUAGGAGGACAAGGAGGGUUUGGUGGAAAAGGUGGUGGAAGUGGUAGCAGUAAUAUUGCUGGUGGAGUAGGAGGGCAAGGAGGAUUUGGAGGAAAAGGUGGUGGAAGUGGUAGCGCUAAUGUUGAUGGUGGAGUAGGACAAGGAGGUUUUGGUGGAAAAGGUGGUGGAAGUGGUAGCACUAAUGUUGCUGGUGGAGUAGGAGGGCAAGGGGGAUUUGGUGGAAAAGGUGGUAGAAGUAGUAGCGUUAAUGUUGUUGGUGGAGUAGGAGGGCAAGGAGGGUUUGAUGGAAAAGGUAGUGGAAGUGGUAGCACUAAUAUUGCUCGUGGAGUAGGAGGGCAAGAAGGGUUUGGUGGUAAAGGUGGUGGAAGUGGAGGUGGUAGUGGUAAUGUUGCUGGUGGAUUUGGAGGGAAAGGAGAAUUUGGUGGAAAAGGUGGUGGAACUGGUAGCGCUAAUGUUGCUGGUGGAUUUGGUGGGCAAGGAGGGUUUGGUGGAAAAGGUGGUGGAAGUGGUAGCGCAAGUGAUAGAGCUAAUGUUGCUGGUGGAGUAGGAGGGCAAGGAGGGUUUGGUGGAAAAGGUGGUGGAAGUGGUAGUGCUAAUGCUGCGGGUGGAGUAGGAGGGAAAGAAGGGUUUGGUGGAAAAGGUGGUGGAAGCGGUAGUGCUAAUGCUGCUGGUGGAGUAGGAGGGAAAGAAGGGUUUGGUGGAAAAGGUGGUGGAAGUGGUAGUGCUAAUGCUGCUGAUGGAGUAGGAGGGCAAGGAGGGUUUGGUGGAAAAGGUGGUGGAAGUGGCAACGCUAAUGUUGCUGGUGGAAUAGGAGGGAAAGGAGGGUUUGGUGGAAGUGGUAGCACUAAUGUUAUAGGUGGAGUAAGAGGACAAGGUCAGUUUGGUGGAAAAGGUGGUGGAAGUGGUAGCGCUAAUGUUGCUAGUGGAGUAGGAGGCCAAGGAGGGUUUGGUGGAAAAGGUGGUGGAACUGGUAGAGGUGACUUGCAUUUUGGUGGUAAUUUUCAUUUUGGUUUAGGAGGAGGAGGAGGGUUUGGUGGAGGCAACUGA